AUGAAAGCUAAAUUCUCGUGCUUUUUUUCAGAUCUUUUCUUCUAUUUCUUCUUUAGCUGUGCUCGACUGGUAUCCUGUCUCUUCUCGGUUUUCUUCUCUCUCUUCUUCAAGAUUUUUAAAAGCUAUCUUCAAUUCUUCCGCUGGUCGUGUCCUUAUUAUACAACUCUACGCCUAUUACUUAGUGUCACCGUCUCGCAGACCACCCUUCGCCUCUUCCAAGAGCCGUUCUACCCGAAUCACACCAAGACAUACCGACUACCCGAACAGAUCGACAAGAUGGUCAACCGCUACAUCUUCGCCGUUGCCGGCCUGGCCGCUCAGCUCAACGCUCUGCCCUUGAACAUCAACUUGGGCGCUUAUUCACCUGCCUUGGUGGUGGGUGAUGGUGAAAUUUCAUUUGGCGGUAGAAACGACGUCUCCCAGUUGAUGAAUGUACUGGAGGGCGCCGCAGUUAAUGCUGCUCAAGGUGCUGCGAAUGCUCCGGCCGCCGCCCCUGCCGCUCCCGCGGCACCUGCUACCCCGGCCGCCCCUCAGCAGCCUGCUCAGCAAGCCGCUGCUUCAGUCGGAGGUGCUACGCCGGUGACUGCUUCGUCCGCGGACAACCAGAUCAACGAGGCCCAAGCCAUUGCAGCCCUCCAAGGAAUGGGCAAGGAGAUCGCUCCCCGUGUACAGCUUACCAAAGCCCGUCCCGCCGAGAAGCGCGAUCUCUCCGGUUUCGAUCGCGCUCUGAAGUACGCCGAGGUUGCCCUCACUAAGGGACCCAAGAUCCAGCUUGGCACUGGUCAGGAGGGCUCUGGUGUCGGCAUGAUCGUCGACAACAAUCAGCAAGCAGCAGCUCGUCCUGGAACCGGAGGCGCCGCUGAGGCCGCACCCGCUACCCCCGCUGCACCCCGCCCUGCCGGCGCUAUUGUUGCUCAGCAGAAGGUCAAGGCCCGCUCCGACGAGGCCCAGCAGCCCCCUCGCCGCCGUGCCAAGGUCACCACCAUGUACGUUCGCUCCGGCGUUCCUGCUGGCGUCGAGAUGACCCCUGAGAAGCUCGUUGCCCGCGAUCCUUCCGCCCCCGUUUCCCAAGUCGUCCCAGCCACCAACAACAACGUUGUCAAGCGCGCAGUUGAGGAGCUUAACUCACGAGGCGUCAGCGGCGGCGCCAUUGACACCGUCAACCUGAAUGUCAGCGGUGAGGGCGUCACCAUGACCUUUGUCGAGACUCAGGCCGACGAUGUGGAGGACGAGCAGUAG